AGUAGAAUAAGAUAGCACAAUAAAUAAUAGGGGGUUCCAUUAUAAAAAUUUAAGGUCACCUUUACAUGACCUUCAAAUGAUUAUCCAAGGUCGAACCAAUUGCACCACCUUAUGCCUCCCUCAGGACCAUACAACUUUUAUCUGAAACAUUUUUCUCGAUCUGGCUUACUUGACGAAAUACUUCCGAUUGUCGAUUUAAACGGACCACCCUGUAUAUACAUAUAUAUACAUAAUAUAAUUACAUAUAUUUAGUAUGAAAUACAUGUUACAGGAACGAGAUAAAAAUAUUAUUCCUGCACACGAUACUAGUUCAGAUGAAGAAAAUUCCAAUAAAGAAAAUAGUUCAUUUCUGGAAGAACAAGCCACUUCAUCGUCGUCAUCGUCGAUAUUUAGAAAGUUGCAACGACCAUCUGUUAAGAAUAUUUUAAAGGGCACAUCACAAGGACGCGCAAUUUUGAAGUCGUACGAGAAAAAAAAAUUAUUAAGCAGAAUAUGCCGAAGUAAUAUUGUGGAUUUAAUUUUGUCAGAAGUUUUAAAUAAUAUUCACGGGUAAAUUUGUUAUAUAAAUUAUAAAAUAAUAAAUGUUUUACAAGGAAUAAUAUAUUUAUAUUAUUGUGUAAUUAUUUUGUAUAGGCCACUGAGAAAUGAAGAUUUUGAAGCAUUAUCCAAGGAAAUUGAAGAAUUAUUUCCAACAGAAACACGCCACGCCUAUUAUGUUCCGCCUAUACCGAAGAAACGUUCGAGAAAUAAUAAAUCUAUAACAUCACGUGGUAAACUGGUUGAUAAAUAUAGAAAUAAAAUACGAAAUUAUAAAAAACUAACAGGAUGUAGCUUGACAGACACCAGUUCUACAUCUCCUUCAACAUCUGCUUAUAAUAGCGAGUGUGAAGGUAAUUACAUAAUAAAUAGAUGGAUAGAAUAAUCGAUUAUAUAGAUACAAUGCUUUUUUAUGUUUGUUUAUGUUCAAAAUAAUUUACUGUUUUAUUUAUUACUAUUUCUUGUUUUUACAGAUGAUUCUGUAAUUCGCGAAAGUAUUUUGUGGCUUCAAAGUAAUCAGUCACCAUGGCAAUUAGUUGAAAAUCACUGGAAAGUAACUGUGGCAUACAGACGAAAUAAAAUACUAAAAUCUUCAAAUACAACUAUUGAAGAAAUUUUUACUCAGUGGCCUAUUUUGAAACAUCCUACAGCAUAUACAUUGAUUGAAGAAGAUUUUACAUAUCUCAAGUUAACAUCAGAGGAUUGUAUAAAGAAUUGGUUUAGCUUUUUUUCUAAAAUUCAGGAAAUCUGUUCUCGGGAAGGUGUUAAAGAAGAAAAAAUUGCGAGCGACUUACAUUUUCUACUCGAUGCAGAUGAUUUGACAGAUGGUAAGUUAAAAAAAUGUAUAAUAUAUAUUCACACGAAAUUAUUUACUUUAUAUAUUUUCAGACGCUAAAGUUGUAAUACAAGUUUUGUUAUUAUCUCAUCUCAUUCCUCCAAAAGGGAGAAUUCGCAUUAAAAAUGAACAUUUUAAAUCAUCUAUAAGUGAAUGUAAAAAUAGCAUGAUAGUACAUGCAAAGAUACCUGGCGAUAUUAAUCGUAUUCAGGAAGAAAAAAUAAAACGAGCACAACAUUUAGGAUUAACUGUACAACCAUAUGUAAUAGUUGUUGAUCUUACUUUUGCAGAAGUAAAUGGAUUCUAUGUUUGCAUAGAUAACGUAUUAUAUGAAGUUUCAACGGCAUUAAAAGCAGUUGAUUUAUGUUUUAAAAUAUUUCAUGUAUUUGAUGUCAAUUAUUCGCCAGAAAGUGAGCAUAUUUGGUAUGUACUGCAGCUUUGUCUUUACAAGUUUUCCACAAAAUAUGAAAAACAAAUUUCAUAUGUGAUGCCAAUUAUUAAUACUUUCAACUCUAUGACGAAUUAAUCACUUUUAUUUUAACUACAUAGAUUACUAAACAUUAAAGAUUAUUAUAUAACUAUCUGCCAUAAUAUGUAUAUCUGUUCGUUUUGCGAUAAUAAUUUUUUAACAGUCACAUGUCUCACAGCACAUUUAAAAAUGGUGCACAACGCCUCACAUUCUACUUUUAUAUGUAAACAAGACAAUUGUAUGCGUAACUUCAUAAAUUUAUAUUCAUUUAAACGCCAUUUAAUACUAAAACAUCCCAGUCAAAAUAAUACAAAUGUUUCUGUUAUAUCUGAACUGCCUUCACUGAAUAAUGAUUUGUCAGAAAUUUCAAAAACUGAUGACUUGUUUAAAAAGUACACUAAUGGUGAAGAUUUAUUGAGCACAGAGGUUUGCAAACAAAUAAUGAACAAUCCGUCAAUAACAUUACAAAAAUUUGAUGAUAUAGUAACAAGAAACGCUGCUUUAUUUGUUUUAAAAUUGUACUCUGAUAAUUCUUUAUCACGAUUGCUUGCACAGAAAAUAAUACAAUAUGUAAGCAAUUUUUAUAAAUUAACUAUUGAAAUUAUUAAACAUAAAUAUGAAAGUACAGAGAGUGAGCGAAAUGUAUCAUUUAGUAUAAAAGAUAUGUGCACAAUUUUACAAAAUGCAUUUACUGAGUUCAAAACUGAACAUAUGACAUUACAAUACUUUGUACAACGCGGUUAUCUAAUUAUGCCACAGUCUAUAGAUAUUGCCACUGCAUUACAUCCAAAACGUAUAAAAACACACAUAGGCAUGCAUGUAACAAAUAAAUCAUUACAACUUAUUCCUUUGAGACUUGUAUUAACGAGAUUCUUACAGUUACCAAAU